GGGCUCGUUAUUAUAUAUUGAAGCAACACCACAAAAUAUCGCAACCAACUAAUUAACAUCCAUCUUUUCAACUUACGCUUAAAACUAACACUUGAUCAUACACUAAUACACUAUACUAUCUUCCAUGGAGUCUUCCCAUCACAUAUCAGUUUUAGAGGUGGAGAGUCCCAUUCAAAUGGGGAAUACAUAUACUAGAUCAUGUUCCGAUUUUCCGAAAUUCGGAGACGACGAAGAUGGUGUGUGUUUGACAUGGCAAGACUUAUGUGUUACAGUUUCUGAUAGGGAAGCUACCAAAAAUAUACUUGAAGAUGUUAAUGGUUAUGCUUGCCCUGGUCAGGUUUUGGCCAUUAUGGGUCCUUCUGGUUGUGGCAAGUCCACUCUCCUUGACGCCUUAGCAGGAAGAUUGGAUUUAAACACAAAACAAAGCGGGCAAAUACUCAUCAAUGGUUGCGAACAAGCUCUUGCUUAUGGUACUUCGGCUUAUGUGACACAAGAUGAUAUACUAAUAACAACCUUAACAGUAAAAGAAAUCGUGCACUACUCGAGCGAGCUUCAAUUACCAUCAUCAAUGUCGAAAGCAGAGAAGAGAAAAAGAGCAGAUGAUUGCAUAAAAGAGAUGGGUUUGCAAGAUUCAGUUAACACAAGAGUUGGAGGAUGGGGUGUUAAAGGUUUAAGUGGCGGGCAAAAGAGAAGACUUAGUAUUUGUGUCGAGAUAUUAACUCAUCCGAAGCUUUUGUUCCUUGAUGAGCCAACAAGUGGACUUGAUAGUGCAGCUUCGUUUCAUGUUAUGAGUAGAAUUGCAGGAAACGAAAGGAUUGUAGGGAGGACGAUUAUUGCUUCCAUUCAUCAGCCAAGUAGCCAGGUUUUUCAGCUAUUUGACAAUCUCUGUCUUUUAUCUGCUGGUAUAACUGUUUACUUUGGCCCUGCUGCGGAAGCGAAUGAGUUUUUCUCAUCAAAUGGGUUUCCAUGUCCGUCUCUGCAAAACCCUUCAGAUCAUUUCCUUCAGAUGAUUAACAAAGACUUUGACGAGGACAUAGAGCAAGGCCUAACCGCUAAGAUAUCAAGAGAAGAAAUUGUCAACAAUUUGGUGAACUCAUACAAGUCAUCCGAGAGCUACCAACAAACUCAAGAUGUAAUUUAUGGCAUAUGCAAACUGAAAGGUGAAAAGUUAGUGACAGGAAGAAAGCGUGCUAGUUUCUUUACACAAUGCCAAGUUCUUACUAGAAGAUCAUUUGUGAACAUGUGUCGCGAUUGGGGUUACUAUUGGUUGCGCCUUGCUAUCUACAUCACAUUAGGGCUCGGACUAGGCACCCUUUUCUAUGAUAUGGGACAUAGUUAUGGCUCAAUUCAAGCUAGAGGGUCAUUGCUUAUGUUUGUGGCUUCAUACUUGACUUUUAUGACGAUUGGUGGAUUUCCUUCAUUUGUCGAAGAUAUGAAGGUAUUUAAGAGAGAACGGCUAAAUGGACAUUACAGUACAACUUCCUUUGUGGUGGGAAAUACUUUAUCUGCUGUGCCAUUCUUGCUUCUAGUGGCCUUCAUUCCUGGAACAAUCGCAUACUUCUUACCAGGACUUCAAAGGGAAUACGAAAAGUUUGCAUACUUUAUACUAGUUCUUUUCGCUUGUAUGUUGUUGGUUGAAAGCCUAAUGAUGAUAGUAGCAAGUAUAGUACCCAAUUUCCUUAUGGGGAUCAUCACCGGGGCCGGAGUCCAAGGGUUCAUGAUGUUAAGCGGAGGAUUUUUCCGAUUACCGAAAGAGUUGCCAGACAUUUUUUGGCGAUACCCUUUUUACCACAUCUCCUUCCACAAGUAUGCGUUUCAAGGGUUGUUUAAGAAUGAAUUUCAAGGGUUGGAAUUUCCUAGUAACGGAAGAACACAUUCACGUAUGAUCUCGGGUGUUACGAUCCUUAAAAAUACCUGGCAGGUGGAAACUAGCUAUUCUAAGUGGAUUAAUCUUGCUAUACUAUUUCUUAUGGUGGUUUUUUACCGUUUGUUGUUCUUGAUUAUUAUCAAGACUUCAGAAAAGAUCAAGCCUGUGAUAAGAGCCUUGAUGAGAAGAAGACAACGAAAGAAAGUGGUUCAAGUUGAUUGUUCAUAGGAUUUUAUCUCAAAGUCUUCUUAUUAUUCUAUGUAUUGUAGCAAUACAUAAAUAAGCAAUUAAAGCAUUCCAUGUAUUGAAGCAACACAUGAUUAAGCAAUUAGAGCAUAAAUAGUAUAGAAUAUUAGAAAUGAAUAAGAGUACAAAUGCAAUUCUUGGUGAUUAACAUCGCUAUAAUAAUAGUACAAAUCAUCUAUUAUGCAUUCACCUAGUUAUA